AUGGUUGAGGUUAACGAUGGUCGCCAUUUUAAAAAUCCUUACCAGGAUUAUAUGCCUGGAGACCAGCUUAAAGUGGGAGAUACAAACAUCCCAAACAAAAUUGUCGAACUGUUAAAUGUUCUGAAUUCGAAUUUCGAGAAGUUAUCGUCGUCUGACGUAUCAAUGUACACGGGCUUGUCAGGUGUUGGACUAUUCUACAAUUUCCUAUCACAAUGCAAAUGUGAAUUAUUAGACAGAAAGAUACGUGAAAAUGGUGUUGUGUGUACUGAGAAGUUGUUAAAUCGAUGUCUCCGUCACAUUGACUUAAAAGAGUUGUCUAAAAAUAUCAGUGUUUACACUAGCCCGAUCGGUCCACUGUGUUUAGGUGCUUUAUCAUCAGUCAAGCAUGGAAGUGAGAAUACAGAGGCAAAGAAGUUCGUAGAAGACAUUUUGUCGGCGAGUAAAUAUGGCUUGGAUGUGGACUGUGGGAUGCCUGAUGAAGCGUUAUAUGGACGUACUGGCUAUCUAAAUUGUUUGGUAACACUUCGAGAAAAUAAUUUCGACAUCCCUGUUUCUGUUGUCUCGUCGAUAACCGAUGCUAUAUUGAAGUCUGGUCAGAAAACAGCUGGUGCUUACAAAUCGAAUGGUUUUUAUGAUCGAUUGAUGUAUCAGUCAUCGAAACGAAAUUUGUGCAUGCCACCGUUAAUAUUUGAAUGGUAUAAUGAAUGUUAUCUUGGUGCGGCGCAUGGUUUUGCUGGUAUCUUGACUACUCUACUGAAGGCAUAUCAUUUGUUUCCUGGUAGCAUAUCAUCACAUUCCUUAAAUCAGUUAAUUCUACCUACUGUCGAUUGGAUGAGUCAACUUCAGUUAUCCAACGGAAAUUGGUCUCCUAGUUUAGGUGAUAGCGAAAGUCAUGACAUAUUGGUUCAUUGGUGUCAUGGUGCAACGGGUGUUAUUCCACUUAUGCUCUCAGCUUACAAGAUUACAGGUGAAAAUAAAUAUUUGAAGUGUGCAUUAGAUGGAGGAGAAGCUGUAUGGACUCGUGGUCUACUUCAUAAAGGCUGUGGUCUUUGUCACGGUUCAGCUGGUAGUGGUUUCGCUCUAUUAGAGAUUUAUCAAACAACUCAAGAUCCCAAAUAUUUGUAUAGAGCUAUAAAGUUUGCUGAAUGGUGUACUGACUGUUUUAAAAAUGCUACUCGCGUUGCUGAUCGUCCGUACUCACUUAUGGAAGGUCUUGCUGGGACACUGUACUUCCUUGUUGGUAUUUUGGAUCCAGUUAAUUCGAAGUUUCCUCUACUAAGUGGAUUGUGA